UUGGCUAUGAAGGUGUUAAAUAUCCUGCUGCCCCUUGCGUCGGCUUUAUGCAUAGCAGCAUGAGCUCAUGCGAUUGUUUAGCAGGCCCAGCCCUUAAUGCUUUUUGUCCUACCUUUCUUACCAUACAAGCCUGGGGAGGCUUCCCUCACUGCUGGAAGCACAGAGUCGUUUCGUAAGAAAGCUUCUGCUGAGGGGAAACAGCCAGGCUAAUCUCAGGGAAACCGUGGCCAGUGACUAGUUUACAUGUAGCCAAAGCGCACUCCCUGCUCCAGGGAAGCCUCAGCCCAAACAGCUGGAAACACUAUACUGAAUGACUGCGAGAGAGCACAUUCCAAACAUGAGCGAAAUCAGCAUUGAUCAGUCUAAGCUACCGGGAGUCAAGGAAGUUUGCAGAGAUUUUGCAGUGCUGGAGGAUCAUAGUCUUGCGCACAACCUUCAGGAACAGGAGAUUGAGCAUCACCUGGCAACGAAUAUACAGAGAAAUCGUUUGGUAAAGACUGACUUACAAGUGGCCAAGCAACUACAAGAACAAGAAGAUCUCCGAGCACAAACCCGGAUAAAAAAUCGUCACAGUGAGCUGGAAGUUUUAGACUCUGAAAUAGCUCAGGAAAUUCAAGAUAGAUUGGUAAUUGAAGCAGAACGCAGGCGCCAGCAAGAGGAGAAAGAUGAGGAUAUUGCUCGACUAUUACAAGAGAGAGAGGAAAGGAGAAGAAAGAAGCACUACCAAGAAGACAAAGAAGGUUUUCGGUCAAAGGGGGCGCGAGAUGCACCUGUAUCUAAACAUACAUCAGGGUUAAGAAAUCAAGAGGAACAUGAUGCACACCUUGCCCGAAGGCUUCAGGAAAAAGAAUUUAGGGUAAACAUUAAGGAUAAACGAGCAGCUCAGAUGGCUCAGGAUGAGGAAAUUGCCCGCUACCUUAUGGACAAGGAAGAAAAAGCAUAUAAGAAGUCAAAAGGACGUGAAAAAAUGACAGAUGGGAAACGACCAGAAGAAUUGGAGGCAUCUGAUCAUGUCAGGCAAAGGACAAGAGAAGGUCAUGACCAUCAUCAUCGCUCUAGAAGUGAUAAACCAUACAGGCCCCUUCCUCCACCUCCAGAUACCGCUGAAGAUGAUGAUUAUGAUGACGAUUACACCAACAUAAACCCGCACAACUCCCCAAAGUCUAGUUCUAAGUCACAGUCUUCUCUCAAAGGCUCAUACUACAGGCCGUGAAAAAUCAGCUCCUGCAGCAUGUGAUGCUCAGAAUCAUAAGCGGUUUUUGAAAUUCACAGUACAUACUGUGUUCUAUGACUUGGUUGCAAAAUUAAAGAACCUUCAUUUUUCUUCUGUCAGUCUUCAAUAAGGAAAUCUCUCUUUAUAUGCCACAAAUAGUGCAAGCCCUACGUGUGCAGUUUUCCACAUCAGUUUUGCACAAACAUUUCCCCCCAAGUAUUCUGUGUUGAAAAAUCCUUAACGUGUGUUAUUUAGAUUGUAGUUAUUCUGAGAGUCCAAGGAAUACUUGGUUUUGAUAAGAACUUAUGGGGAGUAUACAGCAGAUGGCAAAUGUAUUACAGAUUAUAUAUUCAUUUUCUCGUAAAGGCUUGGAGAGGCCAUUCAGGUUCAUAUAAGACAGGUAUACCACAGUGUUUCUUCAAUAGGUUUCAUCCUGUUUGUUUAUUUAUUUUAAAGAUAUCAUUGGCAUAUGCUAGUCAGCUCCCAUGAACCAGGGCAGAGUCACCUUUUCAGGUGUAAAGCACAAGAAAUACCACUUUUAGUAGUCGCGCUCUCUUUAGGUAAAACCAGAAUAUUUUAUAUCUAUUGCCUAAUCACACCUUGCCCUAAUAGUAGGGGAAUAUGUUUUAUGUGUAUGCAUGUAUCGAAUAAGCUGUUGGCUCACAUGCUUAAAAACUUGCCAGAAAAUGCUUGAGUGUGGGUUUUGAGGACUUCCUAGUGCGCAAAAUGUGGAUGCCUGAGACUGCUAAUCCAGUCAAGGGAGUCCAUUCAUAUCUCCUCAGGAACCGACUGUGCAUACCACUGGGUGAAAACUGAGUAGUGUUUCGUGUUGUUGUUCAGUUCCUCAGAGAGUAACCCAUGUGUUACCAGUGAACUGCACAAUCUUUCUACAGGUGGUUGAAUUAAGUGCCAUUUUCUGUUUCUUAUUUUAUAUGCUCAUAAUUCUCUGUAUUGUAGUACAAUUUUUAUGAAUGAGAGCUGUUGGAUUUUUUCGCCAUUUUUUAUAUUUUAAUUCAUAUUUAUUAUAAUAGUUAAAAAUGUGAUCCAGUAAGUUUUGGUCAGCCUUUUUAAUAAACACGACUGUUUAUGAUUUUCAUUGACUAGUUCCAAUUAAUGCUGCAAUAUUUCCGCUCUAAAAUAACGAUUGUUCUUUCUGCUUUGGGAUAGUCUGCCAUCCUUACCUUUAUAUUUUAUUAUGUCAUUUUUUUUUUCUCAUUGAAUGUUUGUUUUUUUAUGGUUCAAGUUAAAAUCUGUAUGCCAAAUGAUAAAGUCAUUACAAAGGAAAAGGGUUUUCUCAAUAUGUAUCAGGAAGCCAUGUUGAAUUGGUGGAAUGCAAGUAGCACACACAGCAUUAGGGACCUGUAUCCAUGUUUAUUUAAAGUAUUUUAUUAGGAAGAUAAAGUACAUAGAGGUCCACUCACUAUACAUAUGUGUUUAGAACUUAAUCUCAGGGCAUUCACAUUAACCUGUACUAUUAGUGUACUAUUAUAAUUAUAUUUUGAUUUAAUUGAGGGGAGGCCCAAAUGCCUUGCUCAUUAGAUCUUUUAAUACAAAAGUUGUCAUGUUCCAAAAUAAUUUUUAUUUUCUUUAGCUUACGUUAAUUUUAUAUUUGGCAAUAUGUCGUUGGAGUGUCAUAGGAUAAUAAUUUUUUUUUUUUUUUAAUAAAUAUUCAUUCUGAUAUAAGAUUCAUUUUAGUUAAUCUUUGACUACUGUUGUGCAUUGUGCCAUAUUUCUGUGUAUACUCCAAAACUGUGCCCAGGCUGUUAGCUGCUCUGAUAUAUUUGUUUGUAUUCUGCUGGUUAAAGGCAUCUCGUCUUUUUUAA